GCGGCGUCAUUCCCUCUUUGGCCUCGUCGGUUCCUCGGCUCUGGUCCGGCUAUUGUUGUGCGUCUUUCGGAGGAUCCCUGACCAGUCGGCGGGCGGUGAUUUGUGGAUAUUGUAACCGGUCUCCUCGCCUCUCGCUCGGCCACGUUAAGCAGCCUUCUGUCCGCUCGGCGGCGCGUCUUUCGCUUUUUUUGGGGGGGGGUUUUGUUUUGUUUUGUUUAAAAGGAAUAUAAAGCAGCCCAGCGGAGGACUUCGUGGAGAAGUUAAUCGGAAUGGGACGGACGGAAGACUGAGGUCUCCUUCGAUCGGAAGUGCUCCUCUCGGCCCGUUUCCACUCCCCGUGUGGAUUGUCGACGUGAAACUCGCCAAAAAAAAAAACAAAAAAAACGUGGGAGUAAAGACAAAAGAUCACCGGGCGCAUGUAGGCGAGGUGAAACCGGGCACACGUCGCAUUUAACAGGCUUGACGAUGGGUUGUGUCAGGAGUAAAGAGGACAAGGGCCCGGCGCUCAAGUACCGGCCCGACAACUCCACGCCGGUCAACUCCCACCUGGGCCUCUACGGGCCCGACCCCACCCUGAUGGGCCACUCGCCCGCCAUGAAGACGCACAACAACAGCUACAACAGCCACGCCGCCGCCGCCGCCCUCACGCCCUUCGGCGGGGCGUCUUCAAUCAUGACGCCGUUUGGCGGGGCCUCCACCUCCUUCACCUCCGUGGCCGUGAGCAGCCCCUUCCCCGGGGUCAUCACAGGCGGCGUCACAUUUUUCGUGGCGCUGUACGACUACGAAGCGAGGACAUCGGACGAUCUGUCGUUCAAAAAAGGGGACCGCUUCCAGAUUAUCAACAACACGGAGGGCGACUGGUGGGAGGCUCGCUCCAUCAACACCGGGGAGAAGGGCUACAUCCCCAGCAACUACGUGGCUCCAGCCGACUCCAUACAGGCCGAAGAAUGGUACUUUGGUAAAAUGGGCCGCAAAGACGCUGAGCGGCUCCUGCUGCUUCCUGGGAACCAGCGGGGGACUUUCCUGGCAAGAGAGAGCGAGACCACCAAAGGUGCCUACUCGCUGUCCAUCCGGGACUGGGACGAGGUGAAGGGAGACAACGUCAAACACUACAAGAUCCGAAAGCUGGACAGCGGCGGUUAUUACAUCACCACUCGGGCCCAGUUUGAGGCCCUGCAGAAGCUGGUGAAACACUACACAGAGCAUUCAGACGGCCUGUGCUACCGGCUGACCAGCGUGUGCCCCACGGUGAAGCCUCAGACUCAGGGACUGGCUAAAGAUGCCUGGGAGAUCCCCCGAGAGUCACUCCGACUCGAACUCAAACUUGGCCAGGGCUGCUUCGGAGAAGUCUGGAUGGGCACGUGGAACGGCACCACCAAGGUAGCGAUCAAGACCCUGAAGCCGGGCACCAUGUCUCCGGAGGCCUUCCUGCAGGAGGCCCAGAUCAUGAAGAAACUGCGACACGACAAACUGGUGCCUCUCUAUGCCGUGGUGUCGGAGGAGCCCAUCUACAUCGUGACCGAGUUCAUGGGCAAAGGUAGUCUCCUGGACUUCCUGAAGGAGGGAGAUGGUCGAUAUCUGAAGCUGCCCCAGCUGGUGGACAUGGCUGCACAGAUCGCAGAUGGCAUGGCCUUCAUCGAGAGGAUGAACUACAUCCACAGGGACCUGAGAGCUGCCAACAUCCUGGUGGCUGAUAACCUGGUGUGCAAGAUCGCCGACUUCGGCCUGGCGCGGCUCAUCGAGGACAACGAGUACACCGCCAGACAAGGUGCUAAAUUUCCCAUCAAGUGGACGGCGCCCGAGGCGGCUCUGUACGGCCGCUUCACCAUCAAAUCGGACGUCUGGUCGUUCGGUAUCCUGCUGACCGAACUGGUGACCAAGGGCCGAGUGCCGUACCCAGGUAUGGUGAACCGAGAGGUGCUGGAGCAGGUCGAACGGGGCUACCGCAUGCCGGGCCCCCAGGGGUGCCCCGAGUCCCUCCACGAGAUGAUGAGGCUGUGCUGGAAGAAGGAGCCGGACGAAAGGCCGACCUUCGAAUACAUCCAGUCGUUUUUGGAAGACUACUUCACAGCCACGGAGCCAUUGUACCAGCCAGGAGACAACCUCUAGGGUGGGGGGGGGGAGCAGGGGAGCAUCAGUGGAGAGCUUGGGACAACGGAGAACUUCAACAUUGGAGGGGGGGUGGGGAGAUAAAGAGGUUUUUAUGCUACAAGCAAGUCUGCAGACACACCAGUGUGGACAUGUUGUUCCUAGAGAAGGAAAGAACAUGUCUUCGUCCCCCGGGGACAAAUGUGUCCAACUGUUCAGAUUAAUGCUGGUGUGGUCAACUCUGGGAACCCAGAUAUCUCGUAUGAACACUGUGAUGAAAAUAAGCAGGAUCGUCUUCUGAUUUAAAAUCAGUGGCUUCUUACAGAUUUUGAUUUCCACAUUUACAUUUUUUUUUUUUUUUUAAAUGAUACAUUUCCCCUUUUUACUCCAUUUCCCCUUCUUUCAUUUUGUUUCACACGCAGCUCUUCGCUAUCUUUCGUAUGUGCGAGUGUAGGUUCGACAGGUUGUGCUUCAGAAGAGGUGGAAUGGUGAGGCGUUUGAUGGAGAAGGUGUGAGGUGAAUGUACCGAGAGGUCGAUGCAGAUGUACAGAACGUAUGUGCAGAAAGGUGUAUUUUUGCGAUCAGGUGGGUGAAUGGAUAAAAAUUGGGAAGGCCGCGUUAAACAAUUGUACAAAUUAUAUUUAACACGGUCACUUGAAUGGCAAACUACGACGAUUUUAUUAUAUAUAUUUUUUUGUUUUAUUUAAACAGGGACUUGAAAUCAUUGAGAGGUAUUUUGAUCAUGCAAAAAAAAAAAAACGUUUUCCUGUUUAACAUUUUAUAAAUGUUUUGACAUUUCAGCUGUGAAAAAGAGAACUUAGCAUCUUGUCUUUUUGUUUGGUGCACAUUUCUGAAUGCUGUAACACAUUUUUUCCCUCAUGUCACACACAUCUACACCGUUUUAACAUUGCAGAACCUGAUGAGUUAAAUUGUGUACACAUGACGUUGUGUAAAUCAUAGUCGUAGUUGUCUUUCUGUUAUCACAGCAAGCCAUGAAGUAACGCUGGUUCAGCAUCCUUAGUUUAAAAAAACAACAACAACAACAAC